UAAAGCCAGCGCGCUGCGCUGCGCCCUGCGGCAGCCUCUGCCCGACCUCGCCUCCUCGGUGACGCCUCCAGGCUGGGCAGCAUGUUGCCCCGGAGCCGCCGCCUCCUCCUCCUCCUCCUCCUCCUCCUCCUCCUCCUCGAAUGUGGCAAAGGCCAGACGCCCUGCAGCAGCUUGGGGGGUCUCGCCUGCCCCAAGCCCUACCAGGAUGUCUACACAAAGACCAGAGAUAUCACAGAGAUCCCAAAGUCAGUCGGUGCCAUCAUUACUGAGAUGUUCUUCGUGGAAACCAGCCUUGCUGAAAUCAGAGCAGGAGCCUUUCGAAACAUGCCCAAUCUUGUGAAAAUUGACUUUAUUAGCAAUAAGAUCAGAACAGUUGAGGUGGGAGCAUUUGAUAAUUUAGGGAAACUGGAGGAGCUGGAAAUAUCAAGUGCAGAGUUAGGGAGCCUCCCCGUGGGCACCUUCCGAAGUCUCACUCAUCUGUGGAAACUGAACUUGCGGGAUUCUGGCAUCCAAAACAUCGAGGAAGGACUCUUUGAUGAUCUUGAGAACUUGCAGGAACUUUAUCUGCAUCAGAAUUCAAUCCCGUUUCUUCCUGAUGGUGUUUUCGAUGAGCUGCCCAAACUGACCUUGUUACAUUUGUCUGGAAACAAGAUUUCCAGCAUCUCCAAGGAUGUCUUCAAGCAGCUGCCUCGGCUGAAAAUUCUCCGGCUGCACCAGAACGAGAUCAGCAGCCUUGCGGAGGGGAGUCUAAGCAGCCAGCAAGGCCUGGUGGAACUCAACCUCGGGAAGAACAGAAUCCAAAGUCUGCCGCCCACUCUGCUAAGGAAUUUGGUCAACCUGGAGAAACUUUAUCUGGACAACAACCUCCUCGAGGUUCUCCCAGAUGAGGCAUUCCGUGGACUGAGGAACAUGAGACAGCUGGCGCUGGCUUCCAACCAGCUGCAGGUGGUCCCCGAGCGGCUGUUGACAGAGAUGCCUCGGCUGCAAACACUGGACCUGAGCAAGAACAAGCUCCGUUCCCUGGAGAGCCUGAGGCUGCAUUCUUCUCCAGAACUGACCACUCUCAAUCUUCAGAAAAACCAGCUCGAGACCAUUCCCAGGGGUCUGUUCGACAAUUACGGCAAGCUGACUUUGGUGAGCCUGGGUGAGAAUCCCUGGAGAUGCGACUGCACUCUUCUCUAUCUCUACCAGUGGAUGAAGGCUAACCCUGGGCGAGUGAAGGACGCCGCCAAGGUGAAGUGCACAAGUCCUGAUGACCUGGCUGGGAAAGCCGUGAAGUCACUGACUGAGGACCAGCUGAUCUGCUUAACAACCGCACCCAUUUUGGUCACCUCCGAAAGCAAAUUACUAUCCGUGUCCACUCUUCCACCUGCGGCCACAGGAAAAAUAAGCACAGCGCUUCCCCCAGGCAGUGAAAUGCUCACCGUUGCCGGUGCCGAAAUGUCCACCAUUCAUGAGCCCACAGCCACAACCACCAGCACGGCCAAGAGCACAGAGCCUCCAACUGCAGGCCCCCAAGUCACCAGCAGGGGGAGUCCCACCAGGUCCCUGGAGAGGAGCAGCAGCAGCGGCCAGACACCCCCGGAAGCAAUCAGCACCAGCACCACCACCAGGGCUCCAAAGGCAAGCGCCCAGGUCACCACCAGCGUGGAAAGUCCCACCUCAACCGAGAGAAGUUCUGAGGGUGCCACCACAGUUCCACGCACAGCCUCCACAUCCAUCACAAGCUCAAGAAUGCUUCCUACCGCAGGCAGGAGCUCCACCGGGGCACCACCCACCCCCCUCCAGCUCACACCUUCCACCAGUGAGCAAACAACAGCCUCUGAAUUCACCAGUACCACAACUGCUGCCGCCACCUCUCACACCACCCCCGAGACCCCACCUGCACCCACCUCGGGCGCUACCAGUGCCACCGCGUCCCCUCACAUUUCCCCCACAGCAGCUCCGGACACGCCCCAAAGCCAUGCGGAGACCUCGGCGCCAGCCCCCGUGAUCAGCACCACCGCUGCCAAAACACACACGGCCACGCCAGCACCUGCGCCUGAGAGCCCCCCGGCAGGGCGGCCCUCCUCCCCCGGGGCAUCUCCCACCCCAGCCAGCACGGUGGCGUGCCUCUGCGGUGCCGGCACAGCAGGCGGGUGCGGCUCUUGCUCCUCGACCACGGAACCCACAACCAGGCGAGAUGCAUCGACACCCCCCCGGACGGCCACCCCCUUCGCUUUCACAGUGGCAGAGCCGCGGGGGUCUGUUUCCGGCCCGGCAUCAACACCUCAGGCUGCCACCAGCAGCAGCUUUUGCCCGUCAACCGCCAGUUCAGCAACGACCUCCCCGGGGAGCUCCGGGACCGGCCGCCCCGCGGGCGCCCCCUUCUUCCGAUCCCCGGCCCUGGCCUGGGGCCUCUCGCUGAGCUCCAACUACCAGUACUGCACGCUGUCUCUCGCCAUAUACCUGUCCCUGCUUUGCGUCGAGCUCUGCUGUGCCGCGGCCCUGGCCAGGCUGGUGUACGAGCUGCACAGAGGCGCCCAGCCUCCAGGCAGGCCGCCCGGGCCGGUGAAGCUGCUGCGAGUGAAGCCCAAGGAGUAGAGGUGCCGGCAGUGCCGGCGGCAGGAGAGCCCGUCCUCCCGCCCUCCAGCGGGACCGGCCGGCCUUGGCAGGCACCUGCCGGCCAGCAUCAGGGGGCGCUUUUGCGGCCGCCACUGCCGCCAGCCCCCCUGUGCUGCCCUCUGGCUUCUGAGGCCACGGGCCAGGGCGGACUGAGCGGCAGUCGAGCGCAGCCUGGCCCAGUGGGAACCGGCAGUGGCCUUGGCCCAAGCCUGGGGCCUGGACAGUGGACAGCCUGCCGUCUCGCUCACUCGGCCGAGGCGUCAGAUGACAGGCAUUAUUUCUAGCAAAAGCAUUCUUGCUGAUGUGCUGUGCAUUUUCACUGAGUUUUUCAUGGGCUAGGAGCCUGCGAGUGUUAAAGCAAGGUGGGAAAGCCGAGGCGGAGCUAGCAGGCGGGAAAAGCGGCGUGUGCAUCAGGGAAGCGGGAGCGAGGUGGUGCUGUUGGCACGGAGCAUCGUUUGCACGCUCCGGUUAUGAGGCAAAUGAGUUAAGAUGACAUAAAAGAUUGUGAGAAAUAAAUAGAACCGAAGACACUCACGAUUUAAAAUAGCAAAAUAGUAGCAAGCCGAUGAAAGGAAACAGGCAGGGGCCUACCUGAGAAACUUAAGGAAAUGUGGCUAACAUGGAAGUAAUAUCUUACUCUAACUGGGAACGUUGGAAAAAGUAGUCACUUAUUAUUCUGGGCAGAGUUCUGUAUUUGCUCGCACAUCAUGAGCAGCUCAUAAGAAAUCUCACAAGCGGGAGCGCGCAAGCAGAGAAAGGCGAGGACCGGACACCUGUCCUUGGCUGGGCUUCUCUAAGCGUUUUUGCUCUAGCCAGAAUGUCGUUUGGGUAAGAUACGCCUAAAGAAGUCUGUUCAUAAAGAGAGGGGGUGCGCCUCAGAAGGCUUUGAAAUUUUUCCUUCUAGUAACUUGGCAUUUUCAUGUAAUGUUCAUAUACUCUUGUAUCUUGUAUUGCAAAAAAUGUAAAAACUGCUGAAAAUGUAAACAGAAACUAAAAAGCCAGCUAAGAA